ACAGUUCACACAGCAAUACAGUGCCAGAGCGCGAUGUAUCCCUGGAGCACGCCGUCCUACAAUUCCUCGGGUGGUUUGCGGAAGCAAAUGCCUCAGACUCCAGUCAAUUCGGGCAUGGAUGAGCAGGAGAAGCUUCUGGGCGAUGCCAUCCAGGUGGUUCAGAGCCAAGCAUUCCAGAUGAAGUGCUUCCUGGACAAGGGACGCCUCAUGGACGCACUGAAGGGAGCCUCAACGAUGCUGGGAGAACUCCGGACGUCUUUGCUCUCUCCCAAGAGCUACUACGAACUCUACAUGGCGAUAACUGAUGAGCUGCGCCACUUGGAGCUGUAUCUGCUGGACGAAUUCCAGAAGGGGCGUCGCGUUCCGGAUUUGUACGAGUUGGUGCAGUACGCCGGCAAUAUCGUACCCCGAUUGUACCUCCUCAUCACCGUGGGACUGGUGUACAUCAAGACGAACGGCGCCCUGAAGCGCAGCAUUCUCAAAGACCUCGUAGAGAUGUGCCGCGGCGUCCAGAAUCCCCUGCGAGGCCUGUUCCUGCGCAACUACCUUCUCCAGUGCACGCGCAACAUCCUCCCCGACACGCUGGCUUCCACGGAAGACAACGAGGGCACAGUGUACGACUCCAUUGACUUUGUCCUCAUGAACUUUGCCGAGAUGAACAAGCUGUGGGUGCGCAUGCAGCACCAGGGUCACUCGAGUGAGAAGCAGAGGCGCGAGAAGGAGCGUGAGGAGCUGAAGAUCCUCGUGGGCACGAAUCUGGUGCGUCUGUCACAGCUGGAAGCCGCUACUCUGGACACGUAUCAGCGCCUCAUCCUGCCCGGCAUCUUGGAGCAGGUGGUGAGCUGUCGGGACGCAAUUGCGCAAGAAUACCUCAUGGAGUGCAUCAUCCAGGUGUUCCCCGAUGAGUUCCACCUGCAGACGCUGGAUCCCUUCCUCAAAUCCUGCGCCCAGCUUCAGUCAGGCGUCAAUGUGAAGAACAUCAUAAUCUCUUUGAUCGAUCGUCUGGCGGCUUUCAAUCAGCGCAAUGGGAAGGGCAUGGGCGCUGGAGACGCUGGCGAGGGCGAUCUCACUGCCGAGGUGCAGUUGUUUGAGGUGUUCAGCAUCCAGAUUGCGAACAUCGUACAGGCGCGCACGGACAUGCCGCUGGAGGACACGGUGUCCUUGCAAGUGGCGCUGAUCAGCCUGGCGCAGAAAGUGUACGCUGAUCGCGUGGAUUAUGUGGACAAAGUGCUGGAGACGACCAAUCACAUCCUGGAGCGUCUCAACAUGACCAGCAUUUCGCACACGCUGACAGUGAAUCAGGAGUUGUCGCGUCUCUUGCGGAUGUGUGUGGACUUCUACAGUGUUCUCACGAUUUUGCAGCUGAAGUUCUUCGCACCGCUGCUCGAGAAGUUCGACUACAAUUCACGGAAAUCGCUGGCUCUGUAUAUUGUGCUGAACAUCCUGGAUAAUGAGACGCUGAUACCCACGGCCGAGCAAGCGGACAGUGUGCUGACGAUGCUGGGUCCGUUGCUCAUGGAUCAGGAGGAUCAGCCGGCCACGAAGCCGGACGCCGAAGAUUUCGCCGAGGAGCAAGGCAUCGUGGCGAGAUUUGUGCAUCUGCUGAAGGGUGACGAUCCGGAUACACAGUACAAAAUCCUCCAGAUGGCCAGGAAGCAUUUUGGCCAGGGUGGUGGCGCCAGAAUAAAGCAUGUGCUGCCGCCAAUUGUGUUCCAGGCCUUCCAACUGGCGCACAAGUACAAGAGCAUCAGCGAGGAAGACGAGAUGUGGGACAAGAAGUGCCAGAAGAUUCUGCAAUUCUGUCACGGUACAAUUUCCGUGCUGGCCAAGUCGGAGUUGCCCGAGCUGGCACUCCGGCUGUACCUUCAGGGGGCGCUCUGUGUGGGCCAGAUCGGCUACACGAAUCACGAAUCUGUGGCCUAUGACUUCAUGACGAGGGCGUUUUCGCUGUACGAGGACGAGAUUAGUGACUCCAAGGCUCAACUGGCCGCCAUCACGCUCAUCAUGGCGACCUUCGAGCAGAUGACGUGCUUCAGCGAGGAGAAUGCCGAACCGUUGAGGACCAACUGCGCCCUGGCGGCCUCGAAGUUGCUCAAGAAGCCCGAUCAGUGCCGCGCUGUGGUCACAUGCGCCAGUCUCUUCUGGAGCGGGAAGCAGAACGGCGGCGAGAUGCACGACGAGAAGAGGACGCUGGAGUGUCUGAAGAAGGGCGCCCGGAUUGCGUCGCAGUGUCUGGAUCAGGGUGUGCAGGUGCAGCUGUACGUCGAGCUGCUCAAUCACUAUAUCUUCUACUUCGAGGCGGGACACUCGGGCAUCACCGUGCCCAUUCUCAAUCAGCUCAUCUCGAAGAUCAACGAGGAGCUGCCCAACCUGGAGGCGUCCGAGGAGACGAAGCAGAUCGAGAUGCACUACCAGAACACCAUGGCGCACAUUCGAAAUAAGCUGGAGAGCUCAGAGACGGGCCUGGAGGCCGCGUAUGCGGGAAUACAGCUAAACUAGACGUAAGUCCAUCCAGUUUAUCCACACCAGCAGAAUCACACUUUAUCCUCUAUUUGAAAUACUGUUUCAACGUGGUGGUGAGAGGUGAGAAUCUUUUCCAUGAGAUAUGUGUGUAAAUAGGGGUAGAAGAAAAUGUGGAGGGAAGAAAAAAAUUGAGGAUAUUUAUUUUGGAUUUUCACACAAACACAUUAUUAGAGAUGUUUUCUGCUCAAAUAAAAGGCAACCGUGAAUGAAAUUCCCCCCAAAAAGCCCCUCCUUUACCUAGUAUUUUUUAUUAUUUAGAAAGAUAUAUUGAGGUGAAGAAAUUCGCAUAAGCAUUGAUGAUGAGAAUUCAUGAGAAAGACACAGUUUUACGUGGAUAUUUUUACAAUGUAGAGAAAGUGAGAGAAAUUGUGCACUAGAAAUUGCAAAGCUUCUUUCCCAAUUUCCCAAGAGGCAGAGGAGAAAAUCAUGAACGAGUGAAUUACGAAUAUUGUGUAUAAAUGAGAGAUGAUAAAUAAAUUAUAAUCCAUUAAUCAAUGGUUUAA